CGCUGUCUCAGCGCUUCCUGUUCCCAACCACGUGGGCGCGCCGGGCGCCGCGGGGCAGUGCGGAGGUAUGGCGGGCGGCGGCGGGGCGCAGUGCCUCAGCUACGCGGGGUGCAACUUCCUGCGGCAGCGGCUGGUGCUGUCCACGCUCAGCGGGCGGCCGCUGAAAAUCCGCAAGAUCCGUGCCAAGGAGGAGGAUCCAGGUCUCCGCGACUUUGAAGCAUGUUUUAUUCGCCUCAUUGACAAAGUGACUAAUGGCUCUAGGAUUGAGAUAAACCAAACAGGUACUACCUUGUAUUAUCAGCCUGGUCUUCUGUAUGGGGGCUCACUGGAACAUGACUGCAGCCCUAGCCGCAGUAUUGGCUACUACUUGGAAAGUCUACUCUGUUUGGCACCAUUCAUGAAACAUCCACUGAAGAUUGUCCUGAGGGGAGUAACAAAUGAUCAAGUAGAUCCUUCGGUUGAUGUCCUUAAGGCAACAGCUCUACCACUACUGAAAAAAUUUGGAAUUGAUGGUGAAAGUCUGGAAAUCAAGAUCAACCGGAGAGGAAUGCCUCCGAAAGGAGGUGGAGAGAUAUUAUUUGCUUGCCCAGUGAGAAAGGUCUUGCAGCCUAUUCAGUUCACUGACCCAGGCAAAAUCAAGCGCAUCAGAGGAACUGCGUAUUCUGUCAGAGUGUCUCCACAGAUGGCAAACAGAAUGGUGGAAUCUGCAAGGAGUGUCCUGAAUAAAUUCCUCCCAGAUAUUUAUAUCUACACAGACCAUAUGAAAGGGAUCAGCUCUGGAAACCCAUGUAGAAGAAUAUGUAAUAGCAUGGGAAGAAAAGAUGAGUUCCCCUUUCCACAUUGGUGGUGCAUGUCAAUCUCUACUGCUGCUGUGCUUCCAUAUUCAGCAUCUCCAGGUUUCGGCAUAUGCCUUAUUGCAGAAACCAUCAAUGGCACUAUUCUCAGUGCUGAGUUAGCCUCAAACCCUCAGGGCCAGGGAGCAGCUGUGCUUCCUGAGGAACUUGGCCAGAAUUGUGCUAAGCUGUUGCUUGAGGAGAUAUACAGGGGAGGUUGUGUUGAUUCAACAAACCAGAGCCUUGCUCUGCUGCUCAUGACCCUUGGACAACAGGAUGUUUCCAAAGUCCUGUUAGGACCUCUGUCUCCAUACACAAUUGAGUUUCUGCGACACCUGAGAAGCUUCUUCCAGAUCAUGUUUAAAAUUGAAAUGAAGUCCCCUGAAGAAGAACGCAAGGGCGGGGAGAAAGUCUUAAUGACAUGUGUUGGCAUUGGAUUUUCCAACCUUAGUAAAACAAUAAGAUAAGAAACUUACCAGCAGACUUUACAAAAUGGGAUAUCAGAAAACACUGCAGAGAUCUGAUAAAAAGUGUCUUCCCCUGUGCUUACUCUGGCACCAGGAGAACCAGUGCUGAGGUACUCAAUCUUGCUGCAUGUAAACAAUAAAAUUACUUCAGCCUAUUUAGA